AUGCUUCGUGACCGCAACGCGUGGUACUCAGACGGAGCCGAGCACCGCACAGAUGUGCCGACAGCCCAGCUCAACGACAUGUACCAGGUGGUCAACCAGCUCAGCAUUUCACAACUCCUGGAGUUGGCGGAGUACGUGGCGCGCAGAUUGCGAAACGCAACCCGAUUCAUGUUCGGUGGAGUCAGGUGCUGCAUUCCAUGCCAACAGUGUGAAGCUGCCAACUACUGCGACCCCAACUACGUCGUCCAAACAUGUGCCCACACGUCGCACUCACAAAGUUCGGAAGAAAAUCACAUUUGGCAUGGACGGCAUCUUUGCUGGUACCACGCGGACUAA